AGAAAGCCAAGCACCGCCUCAGAUGGCCUGUAUUGACUCUAUCAUUGAGAUCGAGCCUCGUGGAGGUGAAUUGACUCUGUGUGCUUCAACAGAGGUGCCAGCACCAGCACUUUGGCUGUUUGGGACGUCAGAAACUUGUUGGCAGCAUACUCUCUACGUCGGUGAUCUUCACCCGGAAACCACAGCAGCGGACCUCGAGGCCGCAUUUUCUGUGAUUGGCCCGCUGGAUUCUUUCGCGGUUCGCAAAGAUGCCGUGUCUGGAAAAUCUCUCUGCUAUGCUUUCGUCAACUUCUUUUGUGUCUCUCAUGCUUUAAACGCUAUGAAACGCCUAAACCAUACAACCCUGAGAGGAAAGCCGAUGAGGAUUACAUGGUGGCAAAAGGAUUCAGAGCUAAGAAAAUCUGGGAUUGGGAAUGUUUUUGUCAAGAACAUUGCUCCUUCUAUCACCAGUGCUCAAUUAGAGAGCAUCUUUAGGAAAUAUGGCUUAAUAGUGUCCUGCAAAAUCGCCGAGGAGGAAAAUGGAAAGAGCAAAUGUUAUGGAUUCGUUCAGUUUGAAACACAGAAUUCUGCCAUUUCUGCUAUCAGUGCCCUCAAUGGAGCAGUGUUUGAAGGGAAGGAAUUACAUGUGUCCACAUUUAAGAAGAAAGAAGAGAGGGUGAUGGAUGCAUUUAAUGAGCAAAAAUUCACUAAUCUAUAUGUGAAAAACUUCGGUCUCAAUAUGACAGAGGACCUCUUAAGAGAGAAAUUCUCCAGAUAUGGGAACGUCAAAAGUGCUGCGAUUAUGAGGGAUGAAGAAGGGAAUUCAAAAGGCUUUGGCUUUGUCAAUUUUGAUUCGGAUGAAGAUGCUAGGAAGGCGGUUGAAGCUCUCAAUGGUCAACUAAUAGGAUCAAAAAAGUUAUUUGUUGGAAGGGCACUGAAGAAGGCGGAAAGGGAAAUACUCUUGAAAAUGGCCCAAACACGCGAGGAUGAGAUGGGAGGAGAAGAUGUGUCGAGUGUAUAAUAAAUAUAUAAACAUAAAGAUAUUGUUCAAUUAUAACUUCAAGUGAUGGAAUACAUACUUCAAUUAAAGUUACAAAUUCUAUGUCUUGUAAUUUUUUUUUCUUUUAACAUUUGAUUGGGACAAAGAUGACGAUGUUCACAUUCAAAUUUAUUACUUAUAUAUAAAUGAAAUAAUUAUUGUGAUUUACUACAAA